ACUAUUUCAACUUGUCAGAUCAGGGAAACAGAAACUGAAAGUAUUGUUGAGCUGUUGUGUGUUUGUGUUUUUCUGUAUUUAUGCAGUAAAAUGGCAGAAGCCAGGAUUUCAGUGGAUCAGAAUGAGUUCACGUGUCCAGUGUGCCUGGAUCUCCUGAAGGAUCCAGUGACCAUUACCUGCGGACACAGUUACUGUAUGAGCUGUAUUACAGGCUGCUGGGAUCAGGAGGAUGAGAAGAGAGUCUACAGCUGCCCUCAGUGCAGACAGACCUUCAGUCCAAGACCUGCUUUAGGUAAAAACACCAUGCUGGCUGAAGUGGUGGAGAAACUGAAGAAGACUAAACUUCCUGCUGACUGUUACGCUGGAGCUGGAGACGUGCAGUGUGACGUCUGUACUGGAAAAAAAUACAAAGCCGUCAAGUCCUGUCUGGUGUGUCAGGAGUCUUUCUGUCAAACUCAUUUUGACCGUCAUGAGGAAUAUCACUCUCGUAAACCACACAAAGUGAUUGAUGCCACUGGACGACUGCAGGACAUGAUCUGCCAUAAACAUGAUAAAGAGCUAGAAAUGUUCUGUAUCACUGAUCAACAAUUCAUCUGUGUGUGGUGUAAGGAGUAUGAACAUAAAAACCACAACACUGUAUCAACUGCAGCACAGAGGACAGAGAAACAGAAACAGCUGAAGGAGACACAGAUGAAGAUCCGUCAGAGAAUCCAGCAGAGACAGAAAGAUCUUCAGCAGCUGAGAGAGGCUGUGGAGUCUCAUAAGCGCUCUGCACAGACAGCAGUGGAGGACAGUGAGAGGAUCUUUACUGAGCUCAUCCGCUCCAUUGAGAGAAGCCGCUCUGAGGUCACACAGCUGAUCAGAGAUCAGGAAAAGGCUGCAGUGAGUCGAGCUGAAGGACAACUGGAGCGACUGGAGCAGGAGAUCAAUGAUCUGAGGAGGAGAGACGCUGAGCUGGAGCAGCUUUCACACACACAUGAUCACAUCCAUUUCCUGCAGAGUUUCCAGUCUCUCUCAGCACCUCCUGAAUCUACAGACGAACCCGAUGAUCCCUUCAGUUCUCUCUCCUCUUUUGAUGGCAUGAGAGAAUCUGUCCGUCAGCUGAGAGACAAACUGGAGGAUUUCUGCAAAGAGGAGAUCAAGAAGAUCUCUGACAGAGUCACUUUCACCAACAUGAAUCCCAAGACCAGGAACGACUUCCUCCAGUAUUCCCAUCAGCUCACUCUGGAUCUGAACACAGUGUAUAAACACCUCCAUCUGUCUGAGAGGAACAGAAUGAUUACUGUCACUGGCACAGUCCAGCCGUAUCCUGAUCAUCCAGACAGAUUUGAUGUGUAUCGUCAGGUGUUGUGUAGAGAGAGUGUGUGUGGACGCUGUUACUGGGAGAUUGAGUGGAGUGGAGAUGAUGGUGUGGAAAUAUCAGUGUCAUAUAAGAGCAUCAGCAGGAAGGGAGAGGGUGAUGAGUGUUUGUUUGGAUAUAGUGAUCAGUCCUGGAGUUUGUACUGCUUCUCCCUCCAGAUACUCAUUCUAGCACAAUAAGAUAGAGACUGAUCUCCCUGCAGCGUCCAUCAGCUCUAGAAUAGGAGUGUAUGUGGAUCACAGUGCAGGAACUCUGUCCUUCUACAGCGUCUCUGACACAAUGAGCCUCAUCCACACAGUCCAGACCACAUUCACUCAGCCACUCUAUCCUGGGUUUUGGGUUGGUUUAGGAUCAUCAGUGAAACUGUGUUGAUGUUUCAGAAUAAACUGUAGAGAGAUUUUACCCAUAAUACUUUGAGCUGCGUGAGAAAUCAGUAACAGUGAGAUGAUACAGAGUCUCUUAUUUCUCUUUACAUUGUUCAUCUUGUCUACAGAUGAACUUUUGCCGUUGAAAUAGACAAUAAGAAUUGUGUGUGUGUGUCUGUGUAUCUGUGUGUGUGUGUGUCUGUCUGUCUGUGUGUGUGUAUUCGUCUUUUUCUCAAGCUCUAAUUGUGUUGAUGGAAAUCACAUUCAUUUAGUUUUCAUUGUUGUGACACAUAAAUACAUAAAUCGUUUCUAUUAUUACUAUCAAAAUCACCUGAUAUAAAAUACAUUAAAAAAAAAGUGGAAGUUUCCUAAAAAUAGUGACAUGAAUAAACCAGUGGGUUUAUUAAAUGUAAGUGGUGCUUACAGUGGCAAAACUUGGCACUCGGUUGCUAUGGUAUUCUGGGUGGUUGCUAGGCAGUUGCUAAUGUAUUCUUGUAGCCAAGCCCCAUCUCUAUAUGAUGUUCAGAUGCAGAGAUAUAGGUCUUGCUGAACAGUUGCUAGGGUACUCUGUUUGGUUGCUAGGGAGUCGCUUGGCAGCUGCCAGUGAUGAUACAACAAAGGCUUCUUGACAGUAUUAUUGAUAUAAAUCAACCCCAGUGCCUCUGACAUUCAGAUUUAAAGAUACCCCUCUUUGGGUUUGGGUUGCUAGGGUGCUCGACAGUGGUUGCUAGGGCAUAGAAGGUGAUUCGUGAUUGGCUGUUUGCUGCCUUGAGUGAAAUGAGCUCACCCUUUUUAUUAAGUGUAGCUCUGUUCUUUUUCUAGUUAUCAUUUAACAAAUAACUCAUAAAAUAAUUAUUUUUUAAAUAUGUACUGUAUCUGAUUAUAUGUAAGUGUGAACUCGUGAAAUGUGUCUUUGUUUGAGAACUGAAUGAAUGUUUUGUGAAAUUGUGCCAGCUGAAUCAGUUAUAGUGUGUCAGCAAUCGAGAACAACUGUUUAUAUAAAAUAAAUGAAUUCAUUGUAAUAUC